AUGACAAACUGGAUUCUUGGAGACCGGUUUGAUACCGUGUACCCUCACAAGGGCUCUAUCAAAGCUCUGUGGGAGACAAAGUGGAAAUUCUGCUCCUCCAAAUCAAUUUACCCCUUUCACGAUGGAGAGUUCGAGGAUUUUGAGCCAAUCUUCGAGAGCUUAAUUGCCAACAACAUCAACGACCCUUUCACGGACGCAUACACGAACAACUUCUCCCCAGUUGUCGACAAACUCGAGGAAGAGGCAACCAACGCCCUCAACAACGGCCACCCGGAUCGCGCCUCUGAUCUCUUCCGCCGUGCAGCAGUGGUCCUCCGUAUCUCCCGCUUUCCCUACGUCAGCCCAACAACCCGGCCCGACAAUGCAGUCAAGCGUGCGGCCUUCGAUCGCCAGAAGGAUCUUUACCUGAAGGCUGCUUCUCUCUGGAAGCCAGCUCUCAAGGAAGUUGUCAUCCCGCACACCCGUCGCUCCGGUAAUGAUGGCACCAGCAUCCCUCUGUACAUCCGUGUUCCAGAGGAGGCUAGCGCCUCGCACCCCGUCCCUGUCGUUCUUCUGAUGACAGGACUUGAUGGUUACAGACCUGAUAACAGUCAGCGUACUCAUGAGAUAAUUAAUCGCGGCUGGGGAGUUGUUAUCUGUGAGAUUCCCGGAACAGCGGACUGUCCUGCUGAUCCCGCGGACCCAGAGUCAGCAGACCGACUCUGGACUGCUGUGCUUGAUUUUAUGGCUCAGCAGCCGGAGUUCGACAUGGGUCAUGUUGCUGCUUGGGGCCUGAGUGCUGGUGGUUUCUAUGCCAUCCGGGCAGCUUGCACCCACAGGGACUUCUUGGUAGGCUCUGUGGCACAUGGUCCAGGCUCGCAUCAUUUCCUUAGCCCUGAAUGGUUGGCUAAGGUAAACGAUCACGAGUAUCCAUUUACCAUCACGGAUUGCUGGGCUGAGAAGUACGGCUACGCUACUACAGAGGACUUUAUCCAAAACUCUCAGAAGAAGUUCUCUCUGGUUGAGACCGGUGUUGUCGACCAGCCUAACUGCCGCCUCCUCUUGCUGAAUGGUGUUGACGAUGGUGUUGUUCCCAUUGAAGACUCACUUGUUCUUUUCAACCACGGCAGCCCCAAGGAAGGACGAUUCUUCGAGGGUACAGUGCACAUGGGAUACCCGCACAGUUUGCCCGUCGCUUAUACCUGGCUGGAGAGUGUGCUAUCCCCUAACGCCACUGAAGUCAAGAACUAA